AUGUUCCACGGUUGGCUCACUCUGUUUUCUUAUCCGAAGAUGGAAAGGAAGGGCCGGCCAUGGGUAGCUGCUGAAAUUCAGUGCACUCAAUGUGCAAGAAGGGUGACUAGAGUUUCCGGUCACCACCAUGAACUUCAAUGUGGACACGCUUUUUGUGAAUGGUGCUUAUUAGUAACUGAAGAAUACAGCACAAUUAUAUGCCCUGCUUGUGAGGUUGCUACAGUUGUAAGUAUGAGACAAGGAGACUACCAAUUAGAUGGAUAUGUUAAAGAAUAUUCUCUUAUGGACAAACUGCAGCCUAAAAAGAUAAAGAAUUGUUCUCAGGACUUUAAAAAGACUGUUGAUCAGCUAACUAUUGGUUUAGAACAUUCACCAUCCACACACAGGACUGUUUUGACUUCAUCAGCAGUAAUGGCGGAGACUAAAACUGCAGAAGAGAUUGAUGAAGCACUGAAAACUGCAGGCAAUAAUUUUGAACAAUUAAGUAUUGCUGUAAAAGUGCUUGAACACAUACACAAUCAAACAGAAGAGGAGACAGUCAGUCUUUUAGAGGAUCUAGAGAAACAAUUUGAUCAACUUCUUACUUCUCUUGAUUCCAGGAAAAAGAACUUGUGUGAAGAAGUAGUAAGAAAGACAGAUGAUUAUUUAUCAAAUAUAAUAAUGGCUAAAAACUGCAUUGAAGAGAAAAAAAAUGAUUUGGAUGCAGCUAUGAAGAUAGCAAAAGAGUUAAAGUCAGCACCUUCUCUAAGGAGUUACUGUGACCUGAAUCAGAUUAUCCGGACUUUGAAGUUAACAUUUGAGAGUGAAUUGUCACAAGUUAGUGCUCUAAAACUAAGGAACUCUCUCAGGUUGACUAUGAGUUGCAGUGAGAUCAUCUCUAUGUUCUACAAUAUGAUAAGGAUUGACUUUGAGGACUCAACAACAUGUGACCCCCAAGAAGAUGAAAUUGGCCAGAAUGUUCAAAGGAAAUAUAAACGUGAAAAGGAAUUUUCUUGUCGUGAUAUGUUUCCAUCACCAGGAAAUAAAAAGGAUGACAUGUCUGUCCUGACUAAUGAAGCCCCACCAACUCUUCUGCAACCAGAAACCAGUGAUAUGUAUUUGGAAGAAAAAAACUUCCAACCACAGAAAGAGGUGGUUGUAACAACAUCCCCUAAAACCAUUGCUACUCUACCUCAGAUGGGAUCUAGCCCUGAUAUGAUCAUUGAAGAAAUUAUUGAAGAAAACACAGAAAGUUCUUCAGAGCUAGUUUUUGUAAGUCAUGUAAUACAUCCUUGCCACUUCUACAUUCGGAGGUAUUCACAAAUAAAUAAUGCAGCAGUAUUGGAAAAGAUGGUGAAUCAGUUCUGCAAUAAGAGUUUGCACCUUGAUCCUUCAGACAUCUUGGAGCUAGGUGCAACAAUAUUCGUCAGCAGUAUUGAAAAUGGAAUAUGGUGUCGAGGAAUUAUUACUGAAUUAAUUCCAAUAGAAAAUGAAAAUAUUAGAAAACAUUGUAGUCCAACCAAAUUCUCAGUCUGUGAAGUUGCUCUAAUACAAAUAUUUAUGGUAGAUUUUGGAAAUUCUGAAGUCCUAAUUGUUGCAGGAGUUGGUGAAACCCACGUGAGAUCAAAACACGUUGCUGAGCAACAUAUAGUGCUAAAUGACUUACAUCUGGUCCUAAGGAAGUCUGAACCAUAUAUUGAAGGGCUGCUGAAAGACUUCCAGCCAUUAGCACAGCCCUGCUCAUUGAAGGACAUUGUUCCACAGAAUUCAAGUGAAGCUUGGGGAGAAGAAGCUAAAGUAGAAUUUUUGAAAAUGGUAAACAACAAGGCUGUUUUAAUGAAAAUUUUUGGAGAAGAAGAUGGUAUGCUUAUUGUAGAUCUUCAGAAACCACCAACAAAUAAAAUAAGCAGUGACAUGCCUGUGUCUCUUAGAGAUGCAUUAGUUUUUAUGGAACUGGCCAGGUUUAGGUCAAACUCACCAGGAAGUCAUUGUGAAAAAAAUAUGAUUUUACACUAUCAUCCACCAAUUUUGCCUAAAGAAAUGACGGAUGUUUCAGUAAUGGUUUGUCAUAUAAAUAGUCCUACAGAUUUCUAUCUUCAGUUGGUAAGGAGCCUGGAUUUUUUAUUUGUAUUAAAAACAAUUGAAGAUUUCUAUAAAAGUGAAGAUGGGGAAAAUCUGGAAAUCCUCUGUCCGAUUCAAGAUCAAGCCUGUGUAGCCAAAUUUGAAGAUGGAGUUUGGUACCGAGCAAAAGUCAUUGGAUUGCCUGGACAUCGUGAAGUUGAAGUUAAAUAUGUGGACUUUGGAAAUACUGCCAAAAUAACACUUAAAGAAAUGCGUAAAAUAAAGGAUGAGUUUCUGAAUCCCCCAGAGAAGGCAAUUAAAUGUAAGCUGGCCUAUAUCGAACCAUGUAAAGGGACUUUGCAGUGGUCAAAAAAAGCUAAAGAAAAAUUUGAAGAAAAAACUCAAGAUAAAUUUAUGACAUGUUCAGUCAUUAAAAUUCUGGAAGAUAAUGUGCUCUUAGUUGAGCUUUUCGAUUCUCUUGGUGCUCCUGGAAUGAUUCCUACUAGUAUUAAUGACCUGCUGGUCAAAGAAGGCCUAGCAUCUUACGAAGUAGGAUACACCAUCAAAGAUAAUUCCAAAAAACAUACUGAAGUGUGGGAUCCUUCUCCAGAAGAAAUUAUUUCAAAUGAAGUAAACAGCUUAAAUUCUGUGUCAGCAAAAUCUCUACCCAAUGAGAAUCUUCAGUCACUUUAUGAUAAGGAACUGCCUGUGCAUAUCUGUAAUGUAAUAUCUCCUGAGAAGAUUUAUGUUCAGUGGUUAUUAACAGAAAACUUACUUAAUAGUUUAGAAGAAAAGAUGGUAGCUGCUUAUGAAAAUUCAAAAUGGGAACCUAUUAAAUGGGAAAAUGAUAUGCACUGUGCUGUUAAGAUUCCAGAUAACAAUCAGUGGCGAAGAGGCCAGAUCAUCAGAAUGGUUACAGACACAUUGGUAGAGGUCUUGCUGUAUGAUGUGGGUAUUGAACUAGUAGUGAAUAUUAACUGUUUACGAGAACUUCAAGAAAACCUAAAGAUAAUGGGCAGAUUAUCCUUGGAAUGCUCUCUUGUUGAUAUAAGACCAACUGGUGGGAGUGACAAGUGGACAGCAACAGCUUGUGACUGUCUAUCAUUGUAUCUAACUGGAGCUGUAGCGACCAUAAUUUUGCAGGAAAACAACAUGACAUGGCCCUUACCUGUGAAAAUUUUCUGCAAAGAUGAAAAAGGAGAGCGUGUUGAUGUCUCUAAAUAUUUGAUUAAAAAGGGUUUGGCUUUGAGAGAAAGGAGAAUUAAUAAGUUAGAUAACAGCCAUUCAUUAUCUGAGAAGCCCCUGGAAAUCCCCCUGAAACAAGAAGAUUCAGUGGUUACUAAGAAUAUUAAAAUUAACUUUGACAAAAUGGCUUCUGAUAUUAUCAGUGAACACAAGGUAUCUGAAUUUAAGGAGAAAAUUCCAGAACCAAAAACCCAUGGAUGCUAUAAACCACCUGUUAUUCCCAACAUGAAAGUAUUUGAGGCAGUAGUCAGCUGCAUUGGUGAUGAUGGAACCGUAUUUGUGGUGCCUAAGUUGUCGGAAUUUGAACUAAUAAAAAUGAUGAAUGAAAUUCAAAGUAAUUUAAAAUGCCUUGGUCUUUUGGAGCCUUAUUUCUGGAAAAAGGGAGAAGCCUGUGCAGUGAGAGGAUCAGAUACUAUGUGGUAUAGAGGCAAGGUAAUUGAAGUCGUUGGCGGCACUGUCAGGGUACAAUAUUUAGAUCACGGACUCACUGAGAAAAUCCCACAGUGCCAUCUCUACCCUAUUUUGCUAUAUCCUGACAUACCCCAGUUUUGUAUUCCUUGUCAGCUCCAUCGUACCACACCUGUUGGGGGUAUCUGGCAACCAGAUGCAAUAGAACUCCUUCAGGAACUGCUUUCAAAGAGAGAAGUGGAAAUUCACAUUAUGGAGUUACCUGAAAAUCCAUGGGAGAAAUUAUCUGUUCAUCUCUAUUUUGAUGGAAUGUCACUUUCUUAUUUUAUGGCACACCAUAAAUAUUGUACUUUUGAACAUUCUGAGGAGAUACUGAAAGAAAAACCAACAGAUUCCAGUAAAAAGUAUGAGGAGGAAAAAUGGGAAAUAAGGUUUCAGGAAUUGCUUUUGUCUGAAAUAGAGACCCCUAUUUUACCACCGUAUUUGCCUUCAUCUCUGCCUCCCCCAGGAGAACUCUAUGCUGUUCAAGUUAAGCACGUGGUCUCGCCUAAUGAGGUGUAUAUUUGCCUUGAUUCUGUAGAAAAGUGUCAUCUCUGUAGCCAGCAUAGUGACACAGAUGACAGUGGAGUCAGCUGGGAAUCUGAGUCUGAGAGCCUCAGUGAAGCUCUGCGGAGGCUCAACACUAGUGUGGAGACCUUAUUACCUCUGACGGACUUCAGAACAGAAAUGCCUUGCCUGGCAGAAUAUCAUGAUGGAUUAUGGUAUAGAGCAAAGAUUGUUUCCAUUAAAGAAUUUAAUCCUCUAGCCAUCCUGGUUAAAUUUGUGGAUUACGGGUCAACUGAAAAGCUGACAAUAAACAGACUGCGUCAGAUUCCUCUCCACCUGAUGCAGUAUCCAGCCCGGGCCAUAAAGGUUCUACUGGCAGGGUUUAAACCUCCCUUAAAAGACUCAGGAAAGACAAGAAUACCAUAUUGUCCCAAGUGGAGCAUGGAAGCAUUGUGGGCUAUGAUAGACUGUCUUCAAGGAAAACAACUUUAUGCUUCUACCAUGGCUCAGGCACAAGCACAAAUCGUGACAUUAUAUGAAGAUGAACAGUAUCCAGUUCAUAUGUCAUUAGUAGAAAUGGGGCUUGCAGAACAAGAUGAAUGA